AACGCUGCAUAGGCUACAUUUUGCUGAAGACCAAGAGGUAGUAGCUCAGGAAGAAGAAGACCUUGAAUAUAUGGCAAGAAAAUUAAUCGAAGUAUACGACCGAUGGGGGUUGGUUACGAACGUAGGAAAAACUUUGCAUGGGCGGAGAAACAAAAGAUCUUAAUUAAAGGAUGAGAAGAGAUCACUUAUUUUGGGACUAAGAUGACCUACAAUAGAAGAUGUGAAGUUAUAGUCAACAGGGCAAAAACAUAACAAAAGCCAUAAACUCCCUUCUUUGAUCAAAAUAGAUCUCAAAAAAAGAAAACAACAACUGCAGGCAUGAAAAUUGAUGUAUCAUGUUCUACACCACGCUUUUUUCUAGGAGAAAAACAUGUUGUCUUUCAAAAAUAAAUACUUUUUUGUCUCCGGAGUAGUUUACAUUAGGAGUGGGUUGAUAUGGUUUUCCAGGUCGCAAAACGCAUGACCAAAAGCUUUGACGAUGUCUUCGCCGUCACAAACUCAUUCCGCCUCGGUGAAAAAUUCGAUGUAGUGUCGCGAUUUGUUUUUGUCCACAGUCGAUGGUGCGCUUCAACAAACGCAAGAUAUACCGCUUGUUGAAUUUAAAAUAAAUAAUAACGAAAGAAAAUUAAAUUUCAAUUUAGAAUAAACUGGGAUAAAAAUUAAUAAAAAUGCCUGAAGAGAAAGGAAAUGAAAACAAAGAGACAAACGAAGGAGAUGAAGAUGAUUUGUAUUCCGAACCAAAAUCAAAACCAAAAUUGAUUAGAAUUUUAACAGUUUUUGCGUACAUGUCGUCUGUUUCAAUGGCGGCAAUUCUUCUUUCGAUUUAUUACAUUUUUAUGUGGGAAGGACAACCUAGCUUAGCGAGGAGAACUGAUCCUCGAAUGGAAUCUAUGAUUGGUCAUUCAUCAAUGAUUCGCGAAGAAACACAAUUAGAGCAAAAUAAAUCUGAUGCUGCGAAUAUUGAGGAGUUUACCAAAAACUAUAUAAAUGUUACUUUUGACUCAUUAAAAACGGAACGUGAAAGAGAGACGGAAAAAGAUAUUUUAACAAAUGAUGUAACCCAAGGUAUUCAACAAGAUAAUAAAAAAGAGCGUAAUUUAAACGAACCUUUAAGAGACACAUCUGGAGGAAAUUGUACCACCAAUUGAAAAAUCUACACUUCCAAACCAAACAUUAUCUAGGUCUAAAAACAAUUUGAGACCAAAAACUAAAUGUUGAUCAUUAUUUUGUCAUUAUAUUUACUGAUACUCAGUAACUUAUUUAUUGUAUUUAUUUAAUUGUAGAAAAUAGGAAUUAAAUUAUAACUAUUAAAAUGUA